CCGGGAACCGCACAAAGCACGUCUAGAUGUUAGCCUGAUGCUAGCUCGCAGGGAGGAACUUAACUUCUUGUUGGCUGUUUUUUAAUGAAAGUAACACAGUCAGCUGUUUUAAAGACUUUACUGGGACUGAAGUGCAUUGCCUCGUGCCGUGUUCCAUCAUCUGAAGCGACUUCACCCUGACGAUGAAGAAGAUGAGGAGGAGGAGGUUGGGGGUGCAGCCGGGCCUCUGAUCUGUAUGGAGGAUGUGGUUCUGCACUAUCAGCCUGGAUCAGCUGCUGGGCUCAGCUGCCUGUUAGAGACCACAGAGAAGCUUCUGGAGUGGUUCCCCUGCAGGAUUCCUCCGGUCUUCACCCCGUGGUCCCCCGCCGCCACAGACCGCCACCUGCCCAUCAGACCGGCCCAACCGGCGCCCGUCAUCACCCGCUCGGCUGAUUUACUCAUCUCUGACAGCGGGACGCACGCUCACGCAGCACAAGAACAGAAACCUGAAGUUCCCAACAAUGCUGUCUGCAUCUCAGAGACUCCGAACUGUCUCCUUCCAGAGAGUGAGGUCCCCAGACCUCCUCCUGACAAACACAGAGACGGCGUCCCCAUCCCGGGCUCACCGCUCAAACGCUCGUGGAGCGUAUUUACCCAGAAAGGAGUUGUGCUGCAGUGCUCGCUCUCCGAGCAGCUCCGUCACACGGUGUCCGUCCACAGACUGCACCUCCACCAGAGGGCCAAGUGGGUCGUCAGGCAGCACAACUGUGGAGCGUCCCGGGACAUCGAACAGGUGUGGCGGGCUCUGAGCCGAUCCGCCGCCCGGAGCUCCAGACUGCCAACAUGCAACGCCAACAUCCAGAGGGAGCGGGCGGAGGUCUGGGUGUUCUGCGACGUCCUGCACGCGGAGCAGGUGGGACGUUUCCUGAAGGACGAGCUGCAGCUGUCGGGGAGGAUCGAGCUGUCGGUCCACAGACGGGGAAACAUCUUCAGCAUGUAGGCGACAACAGCACCAUCCAUAGAAAGACUUUAAAAAGUUUACAGGUGCAGAUGAUCACACUGAGAUUUCUACAGAAAUGUAUUUUUAUCAUCAAACUGCAGGAAUAAUGAUUUACUUAUUUAUUUGAUAUUUUAUCUCAUCUUGGGGAAACUACUGAUCACUUCUUUAGCACAUUGACAGACUUUUUCCUCCAGCGCUGUGGUUCACAAACACUCUGCCACAGGCGAGUUCAGUUUCAACCAAAGAGGCUUCUUAAGCCAGGACUUCUGGUGUUGACGUGCAACAAAUAACCAGGAGACCAGAUCCAGUUUACACACAGUCUGAACGUUUGGAAAUGUCUUAUUUUAACCCCUUUGGUUUCAAUAAAGUCCUUAAAAAAAUAA